UGUGUGCGGUGAUGAGACAUGCCGGAAGUGGGUCAGCCUCUGUGCUGUCACCAUGGCGUCCGCGGAGCAAACCGAGAACCAAGCUUCAGGCCAAGCCAUGGACGAGCAGAUGUUACAGGCAUGGGAGAGGGAGCAGGGCAUCUUGAAAGACAGGUUGAUCACCAGCAACACUGAAACCUGGCAGAAUAUCCCUAAUUUCCAUGGCCUGGAGCGCAUUGGAGGAGUGGACCUGUCCUAUGUAAAGGAAGAUGACACGAGUGCAUGUGCCUCACUCAUAGUACUGAGCUACCCAGAUCUGGAGGUAAUCUACGAGGACUGUCAAAUGGUGACCCUUGAUGCCCCCUACAUAGCUGGCUUCUUAGCCUUUCGAGAAGUACCAUCACUGGUGGAGGCAGUGAAGAGGCUGCAGGAGAAGGACUCCAGAUUGAUGCCUCAGGUGCUUCUUGUGGACGGUAAUGGAGUCCUGCAUCACAGGGGUUUCGGAGUAGCAUGUCACCUUGGGAUUCUCACUGGUCUUCCCACCAUUGGUGUUGCCAAGAACUUGCUCCAGGUGGAUGGUCUAGAAAAUAACGAGUCACAUAGAGGACAGGCCAAAGAGCUUCAAAGUUCAGGAGACUUCUUUUAUCUGGAAGGCAGCUCAGGAAAUAUUCUGGGAGCAGCCUUGAAGAGCAGCCAAAAAAGUGUUAAACCCAUCUAUAUCUCAGUUGGACACAAAAUAAGCCUGGAGACUGCUGUGAAGCUAGUCCAUUCCUGCUGCAAGUAUCGGGUGCCCGAGCCAACAAGACAGGCUGAUAUAAGAUCAAGGGAAUUCUGUGUUAAAACAACCAACGAGAAGCAGAUGCCGCAGGACUGACCCACUUAUAGCAAGGACGAGAAUUACCAAGGCUGGCUCGGAUUUUAAUGCACCUCUGAACUCAGAUCUAAUAUUUCUUCUCUAUAAUUUUUUUACAUUUUAAAUGAAAAUAUUAUUUUUUACCAGGAUACUUAUUUUUGAAUAAAGAGAUUUCAACAAUCA